ACACUUUCUUCGAGUCCAGACUCUAGAAAAUAACCUAAAAUGAGCGGAAGAGGCAAAACCGGAGGCAAAGCUCGCGCUAAGGCAAAGACCCGCUCUUCUCGUGCCGGGCUCCAGUUCCCAGUCGGCCGUGUUCACAGACAUCUGCGCAAAGGCAACUAUGCGCAGCGUGUGGGUGCCGGAGCCCCCGUCUACAUGGCGGCUGUGCUGGAGUACCUGACCGCUGAGAUCCUGGAGCUGGCUGGAAACGCUGCCCGCGACAACAAGAAGACCAGGAUCAUCCCCCGUCACCUGCAGCUGGCUGUCCGCAACGACGAGGAGCUCAACAAGCUGCUGGGCGGAGUGACCAUCGCUCAGGGCGGCGUGUUGCCCAACAUCCAGGCUGUGCUGCUGCCCAAGAAGACCGAGAAGCCCGCCAAGAAGUAAACCUGGAGACCUGCUGACUGCUGAAAACCAACCAAAGGCUCUUUUAAGAGCCAAACACUCCUCAUAAAGGGCAAACAUCCUCAUGAUACAUUAUAUUAUAUUGUGUAGCCGUAAUAAUAUGAAAAAUAAUCAUAAUAAAUUUUUAAUAAAUAUGAUGGUUGUUUGUCUCAACAAUCUCAGUAAUCAACAUUUAAAAUAAGAUCAUCUAGUCUUAAUGUGCACACAUCAUACUUAACAUAAUGAUCAGUACAGAGCUUUACACACCCUUUGAAAGCUUAUACUAGUUAUAAUCAUUAACGUGGAGAUUUGCUGAACACUGCUAAAAGCUAUAAUGUUUAAUAGCGAUUUAGAGAGGAGGGUAGUAUAGCCAUAAUCAUGUUAAAUCAGUUAUUGUUAUGGUUGUCAUCUGUUCAUCCAACUUUUUAAUCAUGAUGAAAUUGUCAUAAUACAAUUACAGACCUGCAGACUGCUGGAAACCAACCAAAGGCUCUUUAACACUCCUCAUAAAUAGCAAACAUCUUCAUGUCUGAUACACUGUCGUUAACUCACAAAUUAUAUUUAGUAUGUAAACAAAAUGUUUAAUAUUGCAAUAAAUCUACAAUAUAUGUGAACUGCA